CACUAGAUCAGUCGUGGUGCCGCGAGGCUCAGGAGUUAGUGUAGAGAGUAACAUUUUGCUCCGUUUAUUGUUAAAUACCCUAAGAACUAAGUUUAAAUACCCGCUGUAAUUAUAAAAACUAUAUUAAUAACGUCAAAAUAAACUCUGUUUACGUCUAAUUAGAUAUACACGAUCCUUCUUAUGCGUUUAACCAAACAUUUUAUAUAAAAUUGUGUGUAUUUGUUAUGUUAUUCAGUGAAACAUAAACUCUAGUGUCAAUUCCUGCAGUAUUUUACUGUUACUGCUGUGCUACUGUUUGAAGUGGUAAACUUAUUGGUUAUAGAAUGCCGACAACGUGAUACAACUAUUAAGGAUUCUGUUGUCACUUAUUUAUAUGUGUUUCUUAGUGUUUCUGUGAUUCUUAGUGAGACGUGCAACACCAUGGAUAUAUUGCCGAGCGUUGACAUCUUCAGGGAGCUGCAGGACAUUCACGAUACUGGAUAUUUUUCAGCCCGACCUUCUUUGGACGAUCAUUGGCAACAGACAUGUUACGAAAUGGAGAGGUACCUCAAAGAUGAACCAAAAAUCAAAUCUCUCAAGAAACUUCCUACAGACGUGGAUAGAUCUUGGUAUGGCUACGAUUACAACGAUAACCAUUUUGAUGCAUUUUCGUCAGCCAGUUCUCCCAUGUCAUGGGACGGAGCCCUCUCUUGUGCCAUCUUGGUGAAACAGGAACCCAUCGAUGAUGAGGAAGAAGAUGAUGACGAUGAAGAUAGUGAUUUGCGAUUACGUCUUUCUUCCCGAAAUCCAACUACGCUGACACCUCCAUCUUCCCCAGAAUCUGGCCAAGGGGGCUUAAGUAACGAAAGCUCUAGUGCUAGUGACUUGGACGUCUGCGGAGUGCGGAUUAGCAACCGGAACACGAUCGUGCGAGUGCGCGCAUCGGGUCUCACUCGGUAUAUUUCGGUAGUGCCGUCAAGACCACCGGUUAAUAGUAGUAAUAAUAAUAAUAAUAGUAAUAGUGUUAAUAGUAUAUCGACGUCUUCUCAUCAUCAGCCGCAAAAGCACCAUUCCCGUUUGGACCAUUCGCCAGAUAGUAAAAGGCGAAUACAUAAGUGCCAAUUUCUCGGUUGCAAGAAGGUUUAUACGAAGAGCUCGCAUUUAAAGGCCCAUCAGAGAACACAUACAGGAGAGAAACCCUACAAAUGUUCAUGGGACGGGUGCGAAUGGAGAUUCGCCCGCUCGGAUGAACUGACACGACAUUACCGUAAACACACAGGAGCCAAACCGUUUAAAUGCCGCCACUGCGACCGAUGCUUCAGCCGGUCCGAUCAUUUAGCAUUACACAUGAAACGGCAUACUUAGAUAGGUCUACCUCCUACUUCCGCAUCACUGCCAGUUACCUAAACAGAUAGUGAAAAUGAUUUAAUCUGACUUCUGUAUACGGGUUUCAAUGUACAGACUGUACUUUCGAGUGUAGAACAACAUCCGCAAAAGGAAUGGUGCAAUAAUGUUACAAUAUAUGAUGUCACAGCCAGGCUACAAACCCGCAUAAGUCAACACACAAUGUGUAUUUUGAAAGUACGAACUACAUAGACUGUUCCAAUCGAUAAUAUAGUGUCUAGUGUGUUCUGUGACGUCAUUUAUUUAUAAGAGAAUCCUCGUUACAUUGAUAUUGUGCUGUUAUUGCUUGAUGAUACUUGGGUUAAGAAACGGUUUUUUUUGGAGUAGGGGUAUUUCUUAGUUUUGUCUAAGGAUAAGAUAUUUGGGACAUUCAGUAAGGCAAUUUUCAAUUCGGAUUUUUAUUUAAAACGAAUAUUCGUAGAAAAAUUUUUGCAAAAUAGGAAAUUUUUAUAAAGCGGUAACGACGCUUUAGGAAAUAAUAUUAAUUAGUUUAUUGAGACACUUGGUGAUAUUAAAAAAAAGUAUUUAAUAACGUUAGUUAAAGUUGAAGCUCAUUGUAUCUAACUGAUGUUGAUUCUUAUGAUUAAAGGAAUUUAGUUCUUGUGAAAGUAAACUUAUUGGUACAAACGUAGUGUAUAUAGUAAACAAAUGUGAUGUGUAUUAAAUAAAAUUCCAUAAAAAUGCCUCGUCUUGGAUUGACGAAUCCAGAUAGAUGAAAUUAGAAAUGAAAAGAAAAAAGCAGAUGUGAAAAAAAGAUGAAAAACAAAGCAUAAAGUUAAUUGUUUCGAACAAAGAAGAAACAUCACUUUAGAAAUAAUUUGGAAACGAAGUAUGAUGAUAAAAAAAAUAAAAACGGGAUACCUCCGAAGGAUGUGGAAAUAGUGCAUUUCUACAGUUAAUUCUAAGCCUUUCUAACCUUGCGGGUGUAAGGCGUAAAUAUUUUCUAUUACUUUCCUUUCAUCUUAUCCCUUAUUCAAUUCAAUUUUUUUUAUUCUGUCGCUAUCUAACUUUCUUUUUUUCACGUUUUACUCGAUCUUCUUUUUUUUUUCUUAUUUGCUGUUCUUGCUCGUAUACUCUUCUAAUCAUUUUGCCUUCUCACAUUCUUGUAAAUUCUCCAAAACAUCUAAUUUAGUAUCUAUAGAUUAUUCAUGUAUGAAUUAUAAUUCUAUCCAUUAUCGUUUUACUUUCUGUCAUCAGAUAUCUCAUCUCCAUGCUCUUUUAUUUCUUUAGUGUUGUGUUGUGGUCCAUGUUUCUGCCCCGAAAGUAACUGUUUUGCAAUGGUGUGUUGUUAUUUCGUUCGCUAUCUAUUUGCUAUGUCUUUGCUUCCUUCUUAUUUAUCUUCAUGUUGAUGUUCUCAAAUCUUGCAUUUUACAUUCCGAAGUUUUUGUUCAUAGUUCUUACGUCUUUAGCGAUUGGUACAAUCUGUAUACUUGACAUUUUCCAUAUUCCAGUGUGCCAACUUGAACGGUGUCAAUUAUUAGAUGUUUUUCAUUUCUUCAUCAAAAACAUCCGAGAAGAGUAAUGGACUUACGUACUAGCACCUCGCAUUGUCCUAAUUAUUUUUGUGGUGAUGUGUAAAAAGAAAGAUGAAAAAUAAAAUCGGGAGACCUCAGGAGAAUGAGAAAAAACGCAAAAGUAGUACCAUAAUUGAAAUUACAAAAAAAAACAAUUUUUUCAGUAUAAACAGAUUCUAUGACCUUUUAGUAUUACAAUGAUGAGAGCUUAGGUCAUGUCUCUAUAAGUUUUAUAUAUUCGACUCUAUAUUGGUUCGUUCAUACAUGCCAUAUAUCUACUUAUGAAAAACAUAUUUUUGUCAGUAAUUAAUUUACAAAAAUUUAUUACUCUUGGUUUAAAUCUUAUAAUUUAUCAAGAAUUUUCCUUUUUUUAAUUAAUAAAUUACUUAUGAACUUCGGAAUUGGAGUCGUAUCUAGAAUGCAGCAUUUUCAUAUUUGCUUUUCCGAGUAUUAUGUAUAAUACCACAAUGGAAUUAUCUAGACUUAAUUAAUUAAAGUAUACUUGAUCUACCUGAACACCUAGUAUACCAUUUAUUAUAUCAAUUUAGGGACUUUACUAUUAAAUCGCUCAUCUGGACUAAAUUAAUCAUUAACUAUAUUAACCAAUGUUCGAAUAUAAAGUGUCAUGGAAAUCCAAACACCCAGUAGUAUUUCGGUAAUAUUUGACAUAUAUAUGCUCGUAAUAUCUAAAUGUUCAAAAUUUCUCCCUAAUUGCACGGGGUAUAUUUAAAUUUCUGCUCACUGUCUUUAAUAUUGGGUCGAAGCUAUGAAAAUUUUCUAACGAGUCUAGGCAUUCUUUUAAUGAUUUGAGCAAUAUGUUUCUAGGGUAUUUAAUUCCAUGUUACAUCUGUGUAAUGUCGAAAAGCCACCAGAGUUUGAAGAGGACGCUGUAAAUGUUAUGAACAUCCCACCAAUUAUAUCCCACGCAUAGUCCAUCUGGAACAACUUCGAAGAUAUUGGGAAACAAGAAAGAAGAAAUUUCUUUGGCUAUAUGUAAGCUAAAAUGUUGGGUUCUGAAGUGUUCUUGUGUAAGGAAUCAGACGAAGUUCCAAUAUAUCUAGGUGUGCAUUCAAAUGAAGACGAUUUUGAUCAAGCAAUGGCAUUUAUGUUAUAUUAAAAAAAAUUAGGAUAACAAUACUCACUUCUCUUUUUUCAUACACUCGACAAUUAUACAUGUCAUUAAAUACGAUAAUUUUCCAUUACUGAUUCCAUUUCAGCUGUUCUUGGCACCACUGAUGUCAAUUUCUUCCACGUUUCUGAGUCCAACUGAAGUCGGUAUAAACAAAGUCCAAACCUUCCAUCCGUCUAUAAACGCUUGUCAUUUAAAGGAACUUUCUAUUGGAAAAGCAUCGCCUAUAUCUAUCAGGAACGAUCUUUUAGAGCUAAUAACCUUGUGCGAUAAUCUUGGCUCCCUGUUUUCUCUCUCGUUCUGUACCUCUAGCUCUUAGUAUUAGACUCUGUUAAUGUCAUGUCUGAUUGGAUCCCACGACAGUAUCUUUACUCAUAUUUAUACUACCAGCAUCUCGACCAACAAUUCUGUCUCUUUGGAAUAAGUAGGUUGCUGAAAAUUCGAAUUUCUUUGUGCUCUAAGCAUAAUAAUAAACACUCGUCAAUUCUUGUAAAGUAAAAUCUACAACCACUCGAUUCUAAUAAAGAAGUAUGUGAAAUAUUUUUGAAAAAAAAACUUGGGUGUUCGGGUUAUUACGUUACUAUGUAAUUUUCCAAUUAUGUUUUCUUCUGUAGUGUAAAAGUGAUAUUUUUGAAAAAUGUUUACCAAAAAUAGUGUUUCUGAUUAUACUCCAACAUUUAAUUAUCUAUACUAGUUAAGUAAAAAAAGUUAACUUAAACUGAAAACCAGUUGCCUUAUUUCAAACUAGAAAAUUAUAACAUUUAAGUGAAUACGUAAUACGUAAGAUGCUCCAAACUUUUUAUAAAAAAAGUUCCAUUACUCUAUGUCCCAAAUAUCAAAUAUUUUGUUAAUGAUAAAAAAAAUAAAAACUUUUUUAAAUGGAAAUUUUGAAAAUACUUAUCAGGAGGGAGAGACAUUUUUUAGAUAGGGAUUUAAGGAAAAAUAUAAUCUAUUAUCAAUUCAAAACAUGCCAAAGUAAAAUAUAAAUAUUACGAUUAAUGUUCUAGCAAUUUAUGAUAACCUUUAUAGGGUAGAGUGAAAAAUAUCAGUCGUUAGCAUUAAAUAUGAAAAAAAUGCAUUUUGAAAUAAAAAGCACAAAUUCGGGUGCUUAUCUUUUCUUCUGAAUAGAAUUCACGUGAUGCCAAUGAAAUAAAUUGCAAACGAAGACAAAAUGAACUCAUUUUCGUGCCACACAAAAAGCGUUAUCCAAUACAUACCAGAACGCAGUAUGAAUUAAAAUGAUUUGUAACCAACGCUUACUCAAAUAGGAAAGUGAAAAGUAAGGUUAUUCAAUCAAAUCAUUGAAUGGUAAAGAUAAAGUAAUUUCAUAAUUUUCAAUUGGAUGGAACCACAUAUAUGAGAAAAUGACACAAAAAAAUUCUGUGAAUAGUACAUUACGCACCUAGCAAGAAAAGUAGAGCAUCCUCCCCCAAGUAUACUAUUUUUUCUUCCUCCGGGAUGAAAAAAUUCGCUUUUCGUCCCUGGUAUGCGGGCUAAAAAUGGCCUAUUCUCUCCCUUGAAGAACUUUCUUUUUUUUUUGUUGUAUUAGUACUAUCGAGAUAUUUUCUCAUUGACUAUAGUCUUAGGAGAUGAACCGUAGUAAUUUUUUCAAUCCGCAAUAAUACAUCGUGAUGUGGACCAGAAAUAUUUGAAACCUGCAUAAGUUUCGAUUAUUUAACGUGUCAAAUAAAAAAUAUUGUACCAAUUUUAUUGAUUGAAUCAGAUAUGUCACAUAAAAGAAAUUAGUGAUUGACAAAAUAAUAUGCAAAUUGGAAACUUCUAAUAAUGCAACAAUAAUUGAUUAAAUAACAUACUAAUAACAUAUUAAGUAUGCGAAACUAAAUAAAGACUCUUGUGAUUCUUAGAAAGAUUCAUCCAAAUAAAUUGAAUCAAACUAUGAUGAAAUGUUUGAAAUAAACUUAGUUUCCGUAAUGAAAUGGUUAACUAAAUGUGAAAGUUAAAUGGUCUUGCUAGAAGUUUAUCUCAUUAUUUUCCUAAAUUAUGAUGGGAAACAAAGUUGUUGACCGAUCCGUAGAAACGUCUCGUUUGCUCUAGUAUUUAUUUGAAAGUUAUCACGAUUUUAUACAGUCAGUUUGAUAUUUUCAUUUUUGUUUUCUAUUUUGAUAUUUUUUGCUCUACCUGACUUAUACACAUAGUCCGUAUGCUCUAAAUUUAGGUUGAAUGUACGAACCUUUACCUUGUAAGAUGUAAUAAAAUAUUAUGUGAAUAUUAUUAUUAUUAUUAUUAUUAUUAUUAUUAUUAUUAAGUAAAAUAAAACGAAAUUAUCUGCGCCAAUUUUGCAGUUGACUUUUUUAUUAUAUGUUUAUAAUAAGAGGUGUCUUAUUAAAGUUUUGAGUGAUUUUUGCGAAGAAAUGUCUUCCUUGAUAAUUUAUACAAUUGAAAUACAGUAGAAUGUGAAUAUUAUUGAUAUUAUCUAUGAAAUUAUGUUUAAAUAUUAUUCAUAUUUACCUAAUUCAGACAAACAACUAAUAUGCUAUAUGUUUAAAUCUUACAACUACAACAGAUGGAAGGUGCAAUCUAGUAUUUUUAAACACAACUAAGGACUUAAGGAUUUCACUUCAUUUAUAUGAAAAUCUUCAAACUUAAACUGACGAUUUGCAAUGCAAUAAUACUGUAUAAAAAUUACGAUAAUUGUGUUUAUGUUUUUAUUAAGAUGUAAUACCAAUUGGAAAUCAUUUAUUAAGUUUUUUAUAUUUUGUAGGGGCAAUUACUGAUUUAUUUGUUAUUUAUUGAUCAAUAUUUUGCAUUAGGCAGAAAAUCUUUACCUAAAUCAAGAUUGUUUUCUUAUAAAUUUACCAACUUGAAAAUUAAAUUAAAGUAAAUAAGUGAAAUUAAAGCAAAGUAGGACCUACUUAAAUCAUUGACAUAUUAUAUUAAUUUUUAUAUCUGUUCUACUGUAUUUCCAUAACAAUAGAAAUUUCAUUCUUAUUUUUUUUAUAUCAAAACUCAAAACUGAGACAUUUCUCUGUCAUAUUAAGAUGAUUCGUUAUUUGUAAUUCCCACGUUUUAGAAGUAUCACAAAUGAUUUUUACUUUUGGAUUAUUUUGAAAAUUCUUGUAUCUAUCAUAUAUUAACAGUAAAUUAAUCUCCUAAUCCUUUUUUUAUUUAAUAUUAAUAGUCAAUGAUUAUUAUAAUGUUAUGUUACAGGUCAAUAUUUUUCUUCAAGUGCCAUCUCCAUAUAAUGAAAGUUGGAGACAAUUUCGGCAUACUUAUUUCGGUCCUGAGUGGUGCGAAUUAAAGAUCAUGUGUUCAUACCAGUCCAAUCGUUUAUAUUUUUUAACCAUGAAUGUUGUCUGCGACCAGGUCCACGUUUUCCUUCGAUUUUUCCUUCUAAUAUUAAUUUCAGUAUAUCAUACUUGUUGUUACGGUAUAUGUGGCCCAGAUAAGCGGUCUUUCUUCUCUUUAUUGUUGUAAGUAACUCUCUUUCUUUUCCCGCACGUCUAAACACUUCAUCGUUAGGUAUAUGUUGAGUUCAUGAUAUUUUUAAUAGUCUACGGAAUAUCCACAUUUCAAGCCUCGAGUCUGUUCAUGUUAACCACUUUUAAUGUCCAUGUUUCUGCUCCAUACAAGAUAACUGAGUGCCCGUACGUCUUUAUAAAACGGUAUCUUAAGAAGUUCAAGGUUGCGUUACAUAAUAGGUUUUUCACCUUUAGGAAUUUGGAUCUUCCUUGUUCUAUACGUGAUCUUACUUCGAUGCCAGGGACUACAUUUGUCGUUAUACAGCUGCCAAGAUAUUCAAAUUUCUCAACUUUCUUUAGUGCAGUGUCAUAGAUUUUUUUAUGUUUAGUUGAUGGUUUGGAAGUCUUGCUAUGGCCAUUACUUUUGUUUUUGUUAUAUUAAUUUCCAUGCCUAGCUCUACAACUUUGUUGAUUAGGCGUUGAAGAGCUUCUGGAUUGUCUGCAAUGAUAACCUGGUCGUUUGCAUAACGUUUGUUGCUUAAUGUCCUGCCGUUAAUUUUUAUUCCAUCCUUAUCAUCGCCUAUUGCUUGGUUAAAUAUAUGCUCAGAGUACAUAUUAAACAAUAUUGGUGACAAAACACAACCGGUUUUGAUGUCAUUUGUCCAUAUCGAACCGUUGGCUCUUGGUUCCAAUUAAGAUUUCUAAUAAACUCGAUAUCUUGUUUGUUUAACUCAUUUUUCGGAAGUAAUGUCAGAAUGACUCAUCACAUUUCUUGGCUUUUGAUUUCAUAGGGAGGGGAAUAAAUACAGAGGUAAGCCAGUCUUUUGGAAUGUUACCUGUUGCAUGAACUUCCUGUAGUAACUGGAACAGUGGCAACAAAUUUUCUUCUUCUAUUAGUUUUAUCAUUUCUAUGUGGAUAUCGUCCGGACUCGUUGCUUUUUAUGUUUUUACUCAGCUUAAGUGCUUUGAUUAUCUCUGAUUUUGGCAUUUUUAGAAUCUAUUGAUAUUCAUUAUUCCUGUAGAAUAUUCGUGGCGUAUCGCUAGCGAAUGUUAUCCGUAUAUACUUUUAAUAAUUCUUGCUCUUCUGUUACCAUUCCAUUGCUUUCAUUUAGUAUACCUGAUACGGAUUGAAUUUUGUUGGAAUACGUUACCUCUUUUAUUUUCUUAUGAACUCCGUGGCUGUCCUGUUUAUUCUGAAGUAAUUCAAUCUUCUCGCACCUUUCUUUCUUAUUUCUCUAUUUAUUUUUUUGUAUUUUUCGAUGUUUUUAUGCUUAUCCAUUGUCUGAUUGUCCAUUAUCAGUAGAAUUUCUUAUCCAUUCUUUUUUGGUCUUUGGGCUGGCAUAUCCUAUUUCUUCUUGUUCUACUUUUACUAUUGCAUGUUUAAUUUGAUCCAAGACAUAUUCUAUAUUCGUUUCUGGUGUUGUAGUUGACUUUAUUGUUGCAAAUUUUUCAUUUAUUUGUUCUUUUGCUUUUGUUUGUGUAUCUUUGCCUUCAAGUUUUUUCAUGUCAUUACUUUUUUUGUUACUCUUUCUUAGCCCUUUUAAUUUCAUAUCGAGGUUACAGGUCAAUAUUACAAUUUUUAAUCUGUUAAUAUGUCAUAUUUGAUACACAAUUAUAAAAACAAAAAUUUAAAAAUCUCACUAUAAAUUAUUCCAAUUUUAAUAAGCGUUAAGACAUUCCUUUAGUACAAACAGAUAAAGAUUACUAAGUAUUUAGUGGAUUAUUUUGCAUGUACCGAAUUAUCUUAAAUGAUUUGACUUUUAGGUGAUAUAUUUGUAUAUAAGCUACCUUUUUAGUCUGAUAUAACCAGAAAAAACAAUAACACUCGUUAUAUUUUCCAUUUUUUAUCUUUUAUUACUAUAUAUGUAUUUUGUAUGUAUUAUAUGUAUGUACAUGUAUGUUACAAAACAUGGCCAGUCAAAUGUAUUAGUAUUAAGUAUUAUAUUUCAGGAAAAAAUAUAUUUUCGAAAUUUUUCCUAAUGAAAGGAAAUAAUUAAAAGCGACUUUCAAAUGCGUUUGAUAUUUUGACUUCCAAUAGUUAUAUACAUCAAUAACCAAAUCAAAAAUAUUAAUCUAUGUCAGGGAUAAAGUGAGCUCAACAGGUUGAAGUGGGUAUUAUCAAUGUUUUGCAGCGAAGGAUUUAUAAAGAUUUCAUCUUUAAACCAUUCCUAGAUGAAGCUCUUAAUUCCCAUUCAUUACAGCAAGUUAAAUUUGAAUGUCAAAUAAAAUAUUCGCAGAAAUUUUUUAUUCAAUAUUUUGUUUUAAUCUAGUAUUUUCUAGUAUUUUUCAAUGUAGAUCUUUAAUUUGUCCCUGCUGAAAUAUUUGUUCAUAAAUUUAGCAAAUGCUGUAUGCGAUCAUACCCUUUAUUUUCUCUCUGCUUCAGAUCAUUUUUCAUAAUGUUUAUAUACGUUUAUGUUAGAGACAACUAAGCUUAUGGCUUUGACACUAUUUGAGCUUAAAUCGACUAGGAUUGGUUAAACCCAAUCUUAACAUGUUAACCCUUAGAUACACGAGUCUUAGUGAGUAUACUCUUUACCCGCUACUGGCAUCUGGUUUCGCGUUUCAAUUUUCCGUUGAUUUCGAACGUUUUAAUUUUUUUUUAUUUUGCUUACUAUUACAGUUUAUUACUUACCAAAUUACCAAAGUUUUCAGGAAAUGUAUCACACAAUAAAUAAAAUCUACAAAAGGUGUAUAUUUUAAGUAAAUUUUGAAUCUCACAAAGAAAAAAUCACACAAUGAAGAAUUGAAUAUUACAAAAGAAAAAUUAUUAGAGAAAAUGUUGUAUGCUUCGAAAAUAUUUAAAUAGGUUUAAGACUCAUUGGAGAAAAAUGCAUAUAUGUAAAAAUAUUGUACAAUAUUUUCUUCGCGACAUGUUUCUUCAUUUCGACAACAGUGAACUGAAGUUUCUAUUGUUUCUAUGUUUGCAACAUUCAUGGCAUGGACCUCUCCUUGUUUGAGAUGUGUUUUGGAACAAUUCAGGCGAUUCUUCAUAUUUUAAGAGGAAAGCUUUCCAUUUUAAUGGAAGAUUCUUGAUUUCGGCUCGUUCUUUCAGGUGCUCUUCGAGGAGUUCAAACGCCACCCCUUCCAGAAAUUCUUCUCGCUUCUUUUUCUUAUCAUUUUCAACUGCAUUGUUCGCGGUAUAAAUAACAAAUGCAUUUAUUCUAACCAUGUCUUAAAAUCUGGCUGGUGGUCAUCGGUAUGUUUAUCUCUUUUUUGAGUAGUUAGCACACAUUUGAUCGACAGUGUCCACUCCCCCUUUUGUGCUAUUGUAGUCUAAAAUUAUUUUAGGCUUUCCGGUUUCAGGACAAACUUCGUCAUCAUCGUGUAUGGUGGAGGGAAGAAUCAUGCAUUUAUUUUUUUUAGUCAUGUAAGACACAAUCUUGGAAGCCAGAUAUUGAAGAACCAAUUGGUCGACUUGAGGAUGGAAGGAAUUCUCGAGAGAUAUCGGACUUAUUUUCUUUCAUUGCUCCUAAAAAUGUUAUUCCAUUUUGAAGCAAAUAUAUGAACAAAUUAUAACUGGAGUAACAAUUUUCAGUUGUAAGGUUACGUUUUGAGUUAUUUAUUGGUUCUCUUAGGCGUUUUACAAUUUCGUCCGGUUUAUUUGAGGCCAUGUACGGGUCUGGUAGUUGAAUACCACAAUAAAUUUCGAAAUUGUAAACGUAAAAUGUCUUAGCGUCGCACAUAGAAUACGUUUUCAUGCCAUACUUCGCAGGUUUGUCUUGCAUAUAAACAACAAACCCACGCCAGGGGUAUAGCAUCAUCAAUUGUAAUAAAUUCUGAUAAACUUUAAUUUUUCUGAAAGUUUUUAUUCAACAUCGAAUAAAUUUCUCUCACUGGUGCCAGUUUAUCAAAUAUUAUCCGUUAUUUUCGAGUUCUUACAUCAUCAAAACCUGUAGCAAAAGUCGGAAUCUGUUGAUACCAUAUGCCGCCCUAUAUUGUAAGUCCUCUUCCAUUCUUCUUCCAAACACACCUAGUAUCAGCUUUUAUUUAUUCCCAAUAUAUAUAAAACACCAAAGAGCGCCUUUAUUUCAGAACGGAAAGUUCUUUUGCAAUCUCUCUCCCUUGUGAUGCUUCGGUAAGGUUAGAAAUAGAAAAAAGGCAUCAGUCUCCGAAUGUGCGUCCCUGGCAUUUCAUAAAGGUCCGGAUAAAACUUUUAUGAAGUUUUUUGAUGAUGUUCUAGCACUUGGCGCGACUUUUGGUCUACAAAGCCAAAAUGUAUAGUUGUUUUUGUCCUGCCCCAAAAAUACAUCAACAUGCAAAGAGUUACAUACUUGUGGAGUUGGUUCAACUUCAUCACCAGACAGUUCGCUGUUACUGGAAUGAUUAUCGUUGAAAAUAGUCUUCUCAUCUCCGCCGGAAUCAUCACUGAAGUCAAAAGCUGCCUCUUCCUCUAACGGUUCCAUCAGGAGCUUCUGUAUCUCCUCAUCAGAUAAGAAUCUUCUCGACCUAAAGAAAUAUAAAUAUACAAAAUAAAUAAAAUCAAUAAUAGCUAAUUAUUGAGAAAGUAACAAACAAAAAUUAAGAAAAAAGUACUUACAUGAAUGCGGCAAAAAUGGAACCUCUCUCUUUGGUCUCUAACUGACUGUAAAUCCAAGAAUCACGACGUUCCCUUCCAUUGAUUCUGUGUAGACUUGUUGAGGGAUACUAAGGAGCUGGAGGAAGGGUUCUAAAAUAGACCUGGACAAUUCAAACUAACCAAAACUACGACACGGGGUGCCGCUUAGCAUGUAACUAAGGGUUAAAGACGCAAACUCUAGAAAUCCUUCCGGUUUUAUCCUCAAAGCAUUGGUAAUCUCCUGUUGAAAUUAGGUUAAUUCCUAUUUUUCUUAUACUAAAUCACAUACAUUUACUUCCAAUUAUUUAUCAAAAAGAUACGCACAUAAUAUAAAAACACUCUCCAAAAAUAGACUUCCACGAUGUUUUAAAUUGAGCUGCAUAUUUUUUUAUAUUUCUGAGUAAUAUUCAAUAACCCAUUAAUAUAAAAUUGAAUAAAAGCAUGUCAGAAGUUCAACAGAAAUACUUUCUAAGUAGAAACCAAAAUACAAAACUUGUUAAAGUAGUGAGGACUUAAUAUCUCCACUAUUACUUAUUUUUUAUGAAUUUAUUUUAUAGAAAUCAAAUAGUACUUACAAUUCUUCUUCUUAAAAAUAUAAAUAUUGAAUAAUUUCAUGAAUAUAUAAGAGUAGUUGCAGCUUAAAAGUUAUUUUGCAAGCAAUGGAAACUGAUAAUUGCUCAUAUAAACAAUGUCGUCAAAUAAGAAAUAGUGAAGCCAGCAGUAUCGGAAAGUAAGCUUAGGUAUCGAUACACGGUGUUCAUCGUUGGACAAUAUCCAAUCCAAUUCAUUUAGCUAAAUUAGAAAAUCUGGUACCGUUGGUUAUAUUCAUACUGAACACACUGUUUACACCUCGACUACAACACUCACAAUGACACAGGCGAUUCUUUAUAUUUCAAGUUAUCGUUUCAGGUAAACUUACUUUGAGUCUUUGAAAACGAUAAUUUGGUUAUCGAAACGUGCGUCGGACAGUGUGAUUGUGACUAUUGGUUGUAGUUGUGGUGUAAACAGUGUGUUCAGUACAAUCCAUCUAGAGAAAGUGGAAGAUUUUUGAUAAUAAGCAACAAGAAAAAAUUCUGAUUAAUAUUUCAAAUGCAUAUAAAUUGUUUAAAAAUUGUUAUUUGUUGAGGUUGAAUUAAUUUUGGAAAAUGGAUAUAGGUAAGAUUUCAAUUGAAAUAUAUUUUUUAAUGAAGGCCAAAUAAUUCGAUAAAAUAUAGGUAUAUUUAGAUAAGAGAUUUUUUAAUUCUUAAUUUAUAUUUUUUUCCAUGUUUUUCAUAUACAAGUAUAUCCAUAUUAUAUGUAUGUAUAAAUGUAUAUGCUCUAGUUGUUGCACAAAUCUUUUAUUAACUCUUUAUUUUAAAUUUUAUUCAAAAUUUUCGUCAUCCAGUCAAACUGACGGCGAAAUUUCGUAUGCUAGCUUGUAUUUCUGCUCAGUGCAAAAUAAACGUUAAAAUAAAUACUGUUAAAAUUA